UCAGCGACGCCAUGUGAAGUAUCCCUUCUCCAGAACGCCAGUCCUGCCUGCGAAGUGUCGAGAAACGCUGCCUUAAAUCAGAACAAGAAGAUCUGGACCUUAAAACAUGAUCCAGAUUCACAUGGCUUUGCCUUACUGAACAUGACCUCUGAGCAGCUGGGAGCUAUUGCUUUGCAAGAUCCCUUUAUACGAUACUACGCUUCGGCAUAUCUUCAAACCACGCAAGCAAGCAGGAAAUCCUCUGCCUUGUACAUAAAUACAACCGCUGGUCAGGAAAUCACGGAACUAUCGGAAUAUCUGAAGUUGUCAGCGUUUUUUCAGUCGGCUCUAGAACCUGCAAUUGGCGUAAGUAUAUUGUUUUGUUAUUCAAAGACCGAGUUCAACUGCAUAAAACCUUAAGUCAGAUAUAACUGCCAACGUCUGACAUUCAGUCAAGAGUGAACGGGCCUGAAUGUCAGGUUAUAUGCGCAGGUGAUGUAAUAAAUCUGAUAUUUGAAUUUUAAAAUCACCUCCGUGACGUCAGUGUAUUGCUAGAGUAAACUGAUGUUUUAGUGGCCAACUUAGUUGACGCAAACAAUAUCGUGUUCCUUUGCUCAGUGAGAAUUUUCGAAUUCAAAACACUCUUUGUCCAUGCAAAUUCUAUGCAAAGAAAGUAAUGUAUUGUUUUGUCAAUUGCGCAUGACUAGCCCACCAUCGCUGUGUUCCCUGAUUGUAUAUGUUAAAUUUCCUGUCGUAAAUUGUAACGGUCGUGCCAUUAUUACGAAACGUGGUUUUCUUUUCUUUUGAGGCGAUGAAAAUUAAUGACAGUUAAGUCAGUAUCAAAACAAAAGAAACAUUCUUAGCCCAGCAUCAAACUCAAGUCCUUCUACAGUGUAUUCCUCCAUGCAACAAGCCUUCCAGAUGACACCAACACCACCACACACCGUUCAAACCUGAAAACUGAAAUCCACUUUUAAAUUAGUUUCCUGAGUUUCUUUCUUAACCUUGAAUUACAAAAUUAGAGCGGUUUACUAUAUGAUGACCCCGUCUAUUUACGGAUGAGAAAUAGGAAAGGCUUGUUUUUUUUUCUUUCUAUUAUAAAGCGAACGUCGAUCUAUUUUCGAAAACGUGGUAUAAGGGAUAACGCCCGAGUUCAGACAGAUUAGAGAUGGUAGAAUUUAUCGCCUUGCAGUUCCCGUCCUCAAAAAAAAAAAAAACUUAAAAUUUGGUCAUUUCACGUUGUAGUCGUGCAGGGACGGCCAGGAAAUGUACAAAAAAGCAUGAUGCACAAGCAAAGUUGUUUUUUUUUGCUUACUAAACCUAUUGCUCUUUGACGCUGCCGUUGCCGUCGCCGUCGCAGUUACGUAAGGUCCCUUUUGCCUCUUUGACGGAGACGACGAAAACUAAUUUUCAAUUGGGCUGUGCCGGCGGUCCAAUAAUCAGACAGCAAAUAGACUUUGAUAUUUGUUACCAUUAGGAGUAUGCUCGGCAGCCAUCACCAUAUGAAGCCUUCGUCGACAAUAAGCCCGAGUGGAUAAGCGACAAGCACUUUACUCAGCAACGCCUGGCAGGUCCCAAUCCCAUGUCGCUAAAGCGGGUGACAGUUCACGGACAAGGUACGUCUCUGCCUACGCGACCAAUUGUAGCUCUU